CUCACAAACUCAGACGCCACUUCGGUGACGCUUAAGGGUGUCAACCGCGAACUAACCGGCAAUUACCAGUGCGAGGUGUCCGAAGAUGAGCCACUCUUCCACACCGACAUACGCGCCGCACACAUGCAGGUCAUCGAACUACCCAAGGAUGAGCCAGCCAUGCAGGUGGAUAAGAAGGUCAUCACUAUGAAUGACAACUUCAAGGCUGUCUGUACGGUGGGGCCGUCAUAUCCGCCGGCCAACAUUACAUGGUACAUCAAUGGACGUAAGAUCUACAAGACUCCCUUUCAACGUAUCAACCACGUCGCUUUCGAAGGCUCCUCCACAUACUCCUCUCUAGAAAUCUCUCCGCACAGCCAGGUGCUGCAAG